AUGCAAGAUAUGAAGAAGCUGCAGAAUCAGAAGCAGAAGCAGCUUGUGACUGAAGAAUCAAAGAAGAAGGAGCGUCACAUUGUGACGUGGACUCAAGAGGAGGAUGAUAUAUUGAGAGAUCAAAUUGGAAUCCAUGGAACUGAAAAUUGGGCAAUAAUUGCUUCUAAGUUCAAGGAUAAAACAACAAGACAGUGCAGAAGAAGAUGGUACACUUAUUUGAAUUCUGAUUUCAAGAAAGGAGGUUGGUCACCAGAUGAAGAUAUGCUCUUAUGUGAGGCACAAAAAAUAUUUGGCAAUAGAUGGACAGAAAUAGCAAAGGUGGUUUCAGGAAGAACCGAUAACGCUGUCAAAAACCGUUUCUCCACAUUGUGCAAAAAGAGAGCUAAAUAUGAAGCCUUAGCAAAAGAGAACAACAUUUCGUACACGAAUUCGAAUAACAAAAGGAUUAUUUUCCGAGACGCGGCAUCAGAUUCUGCAGUAGAUUAUAAGAAAAUGAGGAGGUCACAUAUCCCUGAUGAUGCAGAAAAGAUCAACUUUGCAGACAGAUCACAUAAACAACACGAAGCUUCAAGAGCACCAUUGGCAGUUUUACCUCAAAACUCUCGUCAUAUCAACAACUUGCCAGACCAGAAUGAUGUCUGCAAUGUGAAGUUCGGCGGCUUUGCUCCAAACAACAAGAUUCAAGGAACAUUCCUUAAAAAGGAUGAUCCAAAGAUAAACGCGUUGAUGCAACAAGCCGAGCUUCUAACAUCAUUAGCUCUAAAAGUUGAUGCAGAGAACAUGGACCAAAGUCUUGAAAAUGCAUGGAAGAUUCUUCAGGAGUUUAUGAACAGAAACAAAGAGUCAGAUAUUCCUGGAUACAAAAUUCCAGAUUUACAGUUUGUAGAUCUUAAAGACUUACUGGAAGACUUAAAGAAUAGUAGUGAGGAAAUUCAACCAUGUUGGAGGUACUUGGAAUUAUAUGAAGACUCUCCAAGCAGUUCCGAAGGAUCAACUAUUCUGCCUCAUUCUGCUGCCGAGAAUUUGGAACACUCACUACAUCAAGAUAAUGGAACUGAACUGAAUUCAAUACAAAUUGGAGAUCAAAAGGGAGAUGGAGGAUGUGAUCAAGUGGUUCUUUCUAGUGCAACUAUGGUCGAUCAAGAUAUAUUCACAUCUUGUGAGGAACAGAUAAACAGUGAUGGCAUUGGCAUUGUUUCAUCCCUAUCAACUGCAGAGUUUAGUUCUCCUCUUCAAGUUACCCCUAUGUUCAGAUCCUUAACUGCAGCAAUUCCAAGUCCACAAUUUUCAGAAAGUGAAAGGAACUUCCUUAUGAAAACACUUGGAAUGGAUUCUCCAUCCCUCAACCCAAUCGCCAACCCCUCGCAACCGCCACUCUGCAAAAGAGCCCUCCUACAAAGUUAA